UGGAACGAGACUAGAAAGACGGUGGAGAAGUACAGCGACGAGCUCGUCGACCAGUGGAACAAGGAGAUAGACGGCCUCUUGACCUUGACGGUCUGUUCUCUGCCGCACUCACCGCGUUCAACACCAUCGCCUUGCCAUGCUCCAGCCUCAAGCAAGCGAUCAAACCAACGCAUCCUGACUCAGGUCUCUGCCCAGCUCAAAAGCUUCGCGCUCAGUCCCUCAUUCGUCAAUUCCACCGCCUUGGCGUUCCAGGACAUCGUGCCGACCCCGUUUCGCCCCGAGACCUGGGCCGUUUGGUUGAAUGCGCUCUGGUUCACCAGUCUUACUUUCAGCUUGUCUUCGGCGACGAUCGGAAUCAUAGUGAAGCAAUGGCUCAAAGAGUACAACACCGGGCUU